CCAGUCUCUUCCCUCAGCAAGAUGGCGGCGCGCUCGCUGGUGCAGUACGUGGUGCUGCGGGGGGACCUGCGGCGCGAGCCCCUGUCGUGGCCCUUGGGGGCCUCGGUGGCUCAGGCCUGCCACGCGGCCCUGGCCGUGGUCCACGCGCACUACGAGCACCCGGACACCGCAGCCUACCUGGCCCAGGGCGGCAGCAUGAGGACCGUCGUGCUGGAGGCCCCCGAUGAGUGCGCCUUGAGUGCAUUAGCAGAGACGCUGCAACAAAACAGCAUCGAUCACAAAGUAUGGGUGGAACAGCCAGAGAACGUAGCCACUUGCAUUGCCCUACGCCCGUACCCAAAGGAACACGUACACCACCAUCUGAAGAAAUUCAAACUGCUGAAAUGAACUUCUUCCUCGCGGGCCGUGUGCAGGGUUGACCAGGAAGAGCAGCCCUCCAUCAGGUCUCUGUGGGUUUGUGGACAACUGGCUCCUUUUGCAGUGCCAUCGCAAGAUGUAAGAAUCUGCUGAAGAACCUUCGUCUCAUUGCAUGUUGCUGGCAAUUAUGCAAUUUCAACCACAGUGCUUCUGCAGAGGCGAUUAAACAUUGGUCGAUUUGCACCAAUACAGAACUCGAGUUUUCAUAUUUGGUGUGAUGCACGUCUCUCUCAAUUUAAGAAGAAAUCUUGGGGCACCUUGAUAGAUUUGAAGAAGGGAUUCAGGGUGGGAAGGAGUUGUGCCUAAUAAAAUGCCCUUCGGGAUUUGGUAGGUGGGUUUUGCCCAUUUUGAAUUCUGGCAAGUAUAUUAACGUUAGAAAAAUGUCCUUAGCUUGGAUUAGCUUAGAAUCCUAGCUUGUUUGUUUUUCUUUCUGUGGUCGUGUUAUAUUACAGAUUGCAUAGACGUGUGUGUGGGGUGAUUGGCAGGUAGAUUCUUUUGCCUUGUGGCUGGGUGUGAGUUGCAGUGGUUGCAUUGACCUUGUUUGGUGCUAUGAAUAUAUGAGAACAAAGCUUGA